GAUAAGGUUGGCCUCCACGCUGGAGGAGCUCAGUAUACAGACUUCGCUCCAGAGAAACAACCGAGAGACGAAAUCAAACACAAAAGUUAAGAACCAUACGCUUUCCGAUCGCAAGACACUUUUAAAGCUCAUAACAGGGCGAGAUAGAUUCGUUUCCAUCUCUUCUUCGAACGGUCUAGUUCGUUUCGAUAACUUUUUCUCUCUUUUCUUCUCGCGGCAAAGUUUGUUACGGGACAAGGAGUGUAAGCAAACAGGGGGACAGUGAAGUUUGAAGCCGCCUGCUGUUGAUGGAAACUACUUUCUACGACGACUCACUGAGCGGCGCGUUCACCCAGCACGACGGCGCCGCGUUCGGAUACAACGCCAAAGCGCUGAAACACAGCAUGACACUGAACCUGUCGGACCCGAGCAGCACGCUCAAGCCGCACCUGCGACCCAAAGCCAAUGAAAUCCUCACGUCGCCGGACGUGGGCCUGCUCAAGCUGGCCUCUCCCGAGCUCGAGCGCCUGAUCAUUCAGUCCAGCAACGGUCUGAUUACCACGACUCCAACUCCAACCCAGUUCCUGUGUCCCAAAAAUGUCACGGACGAACAGGAGGGGUUCGCCGAGGGAUUCGUGCGAGCGCUGGCCGAGCUUCAUCACCAGCACAUGCCGCCCAGCAGCGUCACCACGACUCCUCAAACUACGAUCAACAACUCCAUGGCGCCCGUAUCGUCCAUGGCGGGCGGAGCCGUGUACAACUCAACCGUGCGCUCUGAACCGCCGGUCUACGCUGACCUGAACACGUUUAACCCGGCUAUCACCACGGCACCGAGCUUCACCAGCGCCAACCCGGCCAUGAGCAGCUACACGACCACGUCUAUGCCACCGCAGCAGCAGCAGCAGCAGCACACCAUGGCCGUGCAGCACCCGCGCCUGCAGGCGCUCAAAGAGGAGCCGCAGACGGUGCCCGAGAUGCCCGGGGAGACGCCGCCGCUCUCGCCCAUUGACAUGGAGAGCCAGGAGCGCAUCAAGGCAGAGCGCAAGCGCAUGCGCAACCGCAUCGCCGCUUCCAAGUGCCGCAAGAGGAAGCUGGAGAGAAUCUCCCGCCUCGAGGAUAAGGUCAAGACGCUCAAAUCGCAGAACUCAGAGCUGGCAUCCACCGCCAACAUGCUGCGCGAGCAGGUCGCCCAACUCAAGCAGAAAGUCAUGAACCACGUCAACAGCGGCUGUCAGCUCAUGUUGACGCAGCAGCUGCAGACAUUCUGAAAAGGGAGAGAGAGAGAGAGGGGGGACAAAUGGAGUUGUCACGUAACGGACUGAAAGGACACGCUAACCAGAGGCGUCAGGCCGGUUAAAGCAUCUCUACUGGCAAUAGUCCACCAGGACCGGGAACUGUGUGACCGCGCGCCUUUACGCUUUGGCGCGUGAAAGGAUGUCCGGAUUGGAGUUGAAAACUCCGCGGACUGCGUUCACUGGUGACAAACCGGGACACAACCGGACAGCAUGAGAGCCUCGCACUGUUACAUGUUGUUUCUUCUUUUUUUCCUAAUGACAAAAAAAGAGACUCAACCUUGCUCAUUUUUGACCAAGUUGUGCAUGGACCUAAGCUUUACAGGAGCACUCAGUAUUAGAAGAGAAAGAGAGAACUGUGUAGGAACGUUGUACUGGCGCGCCAAAAGCAGGAAGUUGCGUCCACUUAUGUCCGAAAAAAAAACUUGUUGACAAAAGCUGCCUGACUUCUGAGUUGCAAUGUACCUUUACUGCUCUUAAACUGA